AAAAGCAAUCAAUCAAAAGCAAAGCAAGUUACUUACUACCAAACAAUUUGUCAAUUCCGUCUGCAAAUCCAAUUUUGAAUAAACCCUUUUCAUCAGUUCUCAUUUUUCUCAGCUAGAACUAAAAAUGUCGAUCAUCCCAAGUUUCUUUAGCAACCAACGGAGUAACGUUUUUGAUCCAUUUUCACUUGAUAUUUGGGAUCCUUUCCAAGGUUUUCCUUUCUCUACCGGUGCUCUAACCGGACAGCAAGGUGGUUCUGAUAUUGCAAGAGAGACAUCACAAUUAGCAAACACAAGGAUUGAUUGGAAAGAAACCCCAGAAGCUCAUAUCUUCAGAGCUGAUCUUCCUGGUGUUAAAAAGGAGGAAGUGAAAGUUGAAGUUGAAGAAGGGAGAGUUCUGAAGAUAAGCGGAGAAAAGAGUAGAGAAAGUGAAGAGAAGAAUGACAAGUGGCAUAGAGUUGAACGGAGCAGCGGCAAGUUUUUGAGGAGAUUUAGAUUGCCGGAGAAUACUAAAAUGGAGGAAGUGAAAGCCACAAUGGAGAAUGGAGUUCUUACUGUUUCUGUUCCUAAAGUUGAACAGAAGAAACCUGAAGUCAAGUCCAUCGAGAUUUCCGGUUCAUCGGAUGCCUGAAAACACGACCGGAAAUAUGAAACAAUCGGAAAUAUGAAGUCCGAAAGUACUUUGCAGUUAUGUUACUAGUAUGACUUAGAAUGUUGUGUGAGUUGUGUAAGAGUAAGUGUCUAUGUACUGGAUGUGAUGCUAAUAAAAGAAAUAAAAGAAUGCAGUUUCUGAUUCA